CAUAGUUGUGUUUUAAUUUUAUUUUUAAUUUUUCUUGGCUUGCCAGUUCAAAUUACCUUCUGGGUUUUUGUGUAUAUAGAAUAUGAUGUCAAAAAGAUUUACCGCUCAGGCCACACGGCUACUUACCACAAGAACAAAUCAGUCCAAAUCGGAGUCAACUCCAUUACCUGAAUGUGAGCAUCAAGGACCUGAGUAUGUGGGACCCAGUUACGAACAGAUAUUGAAGACACGUCAAGCUCAUUUAACGCCCAAUUUGUUGGCCCAUUUCAAGAAGCCAUUGGUCAUACAUGCCGGACACAUGCAAUGGCUAUACGAUCAUGAGGGUCGUCGGUAUUUGGAUAUGUUUGGCGGCAUUGUAACCGUUUCUGUUGGCCAUUGUCAUCCGAAAGUGAACAAAGCGUUAAGUGAUCAAAUCGCUAAACUUUGGCAUACAACCAACAUUUAUAUGCAUCCCAAGAUUCAUGAGUAUGCUGAGAAAUUGGUGGCCAAAAUGCCUGGCAAUCUGAAGACAGUUUGUUUUGUCAAUUCCGGUUCGGAGGCAAAUGAUUUGGCCAUGCUAUUGGCUCGUUUGCAUACGGGUAAUCAGGAUAUACUUACCUUUCGCAAUGCCUAUCAUGGCAUGUCUCCAUACACAAUGGGAUUGACGGCUCAUUCGUCGUGGCGUUAUCCUUUGCCUGGGAUAAAUAGUGGCAUAGUGCAUGUAAUGAAUCCUGAUCCCUAUCGUGGCCUGUGGGGUGGCUCGGCAUGUCGAGAUUCACCCAUACAGACACAAAGAACCUGCAACUGCGCCAGUCCGGCAGAUGAAUGUCAGGCUGGUCUGGCCUAUUACAAGGAAUUGGAGGAGGUCUUUAAGUAUUCAUUGCCCAGGGGCAAGGUGGCAGCCAUGUUUGCCGAAUCCAUACAGGGUGUGGGUGGCACUGUACAAUAUCCUCGAGGAUAUCUAAAACGUGCCGCCGCUCUGGUCCGUGCCAACGGUGGCCUCUUUGUGGCCGAUGAGGUGCAAACUGGUUUCGGACGGACGGGAGAACAUUUCUGGGGCUUUGAGGCGCAUGACUAUCAACCGGAUAUUGUCACCAUGGCCAAGGGCAUUGGCAAUGGUUUCCCCUUGGCUGCUGUCGUAACCACACCCGAGAUUGCCUCUUGCCUGAACAAAGCCUUGCAUUUCAAUACCUUUGGUGGCAAUCCCAUGGCCAGUGCCGUGGGAAUGUCUGUGCUCGAAGUGAUCGAGGAGGAGCAAUUGCAGUCAAAUUGCAAAAAUGUGGGCACUUAUUUCCUGAAAUGUUUGAAUGAGUUGCAGCAACGUCAUGAUGUCAUUGGCGAUGUACGAGGCAAGGGUCUGAUGAUCGGUGUCGAAUUGGUUGCCGAUCGUGAGAAAAAGACGCCACUUCCCAUGCCGCAUGUCCUUGAGAUAUGGGAGAAAUGCAAGGAUCUGGGCGUACUUUUCGGACGCGGCGGUCUCGAUGGAAAUGUCUUCCGUAUUAAACCGCCAAUGUGCAUCGAUCGCAACGAUGUUCAAUUUGCCACGGACGUUCUAGAUCAAGCCAUCAAAUUGGCCAAGCCAAACAACUAAAUUCUGCAUGUUAAUAUCAUAAUUAACAAAAAAAAUUAAUUUAAGAACUGCCAAAGAAUUGUCCAAUCGAAAAAUAAGAUGAAUUUUUAAUUUGAAAUUUGGCAUAAAUCACUGGGAUAAAAAAUUUACAUAUACAUAUAAAUAUAUUUUUUAAAAACAAAUAUCGUAAAUGCUUAAAAAACGUUAGUAAAACCUAAAACAAAACAAAAGUUUUCUUCUCUUUUGUCAAAAGGCUGAUUCAGUUAGUACAUACAUAUAUAAAAACAAAGAAAAAACAUAAAACUAACAUUUAACAAAUUGGUUUAAAUUUUAUGAAAAUAAAUACACAUAUAUUAUAUAUAUA